CGGCUACAAGCCACUCUCAGUUUGGAGCUCUUGAGCACAAUGACGAUAGAGUCGACGGCUGCGUCCUCUUCCAAGGCGCACGCAGACCCGUCGGCAGAGGCGAGUGACCGAGAGGCUCGUGUGAAUGUGCGUCGACAGCGCAUUGAAGCACGCAACGCUUCCAAAGAUGACGCCUCGCGCAAGAAGCAGCUUCAGGUGGGCGAGUCGCAGCGCAUGAGUCGUGGUCAACAGCAGGUGGCAGACAGUCUGAACCAGCUCGACCGUCGCAAAUUGGCAGGUAUCCGCCAUGUCACGAGCGUCCGCGUGGAAGCAGAUGACGCCGAGAAUCGACGUCGCGUCGAGGAAGAAGAGCGACGUCAUAAGCGCGUCGAGAAGCUUCAGCAAGAAGCUAUCGACAGCGGCGCCAAGAACGCUGCGGUUGAGAUGCGAUGGGCAGAUCUGUUCGAGUUCAGCAUGCCACAGGAGCUUCAUAAUGAGCUGGAGCUGCAGAAUCGCGCGUGUGCAGAGAUCUUGGCAUCGAAAGAUGCAGUCAUCCGUGAGUUCCAGAACCAGUUGAAGGCCAAGGAUGAAGAGUACGUGACGGCACUUAAGAUCCAGGCAGAAGAAGUCGAAAAACUGGUCGACCGCAUGAGUCAACAGUAUCGAGAGAUGCAGGACGAGUACGAACUCGAGCUCGAGCAGAUGGAAGAUGCUUUUAUGAAAGAGCGCGAUGAACUCAUCGCAAACAACAAGCUUGAGAUUGACUCGCUAUUCGAGCGUCGACGAGAGAUGGAGAUGGUCUAUAUGGAGGCCAAGCAAACACGAGACGAGCAGUACUUACAGGAGAUCGAAGAUUUGCGAGUGCGAGAUGCGGAGGACUACAACGAGCUCAAAAUCAAGCUGGAGACCAACAUCCAGACGCUCGAGCAGCAGCUUGAAGAGAUGCGUGCAACGUACCAACUCAACACAGAGAAGCUGGAGUACAAUUACCGAGUUCUCACGGAGCGGGAUAUGGAGAACUCAGCAACGUUGAGCCAGCAGAAGCGCAAGUUGGCGCGGUUGAAAGACGCGUUGACAACACUCAUAGCCAAGUACAACCAGACGGAUGCGCGUGACCGACAUCAAAACGAGGAGCUGACAGAAGAAUAUCGACGUCUGACGAAGCAGUACCGCGAUUUACAGAUGAAAUACGCACACUUCGAGGCCAGCGAUAGCAGCAAGUUUGACGAAGUCUGGCAGAUGCACGAAGAGGAGGCGAUACAUACAAUCGAGAAGCUGUUAGAUGCUGACCGCAUUAUCCACGAGCAGCAACUCGGACUCAUGUGGCGGCCACCUGUGCAAUCGAUCCGAAACUGGAGUCAUUCAGCCAAAGCAGGCGAUGCCGCAGCACUUCAAAAGCAGCUCGAAAACGGAGACGAGUCGUCACCCGAUGCCACUGAGACCGACAAAAGCGGCAACAAGAGAGACGAUAAUGGAGGAAAUGCUGAUCUAGACGACUAUGAUGACGAGUCGGUUGAAGCGUACACUCCUCCAGUCAAGAAAAUAUCUGGUGCCAAGUUGAAAUACAUGCUGAAAAUGCUGGCCUCUGAGGCUGGGUUCUUGGUUAACGGCAGUGUUCAACAAGCUCUCGAUAAUCUUCCUAAUGACGAGGCUGAACUGGUGAAAGCGGACAUGAUCAUGCGAGCGCUUGGAGUGGACAACGAAGAUGACAUGGAGAAGCUGAUGGGGUAUUUCUUCGAGGAUCCGCGGCAAGAAGUACCAGACAACAGUAAGGACAACAAUUCCCCGGGUCAAGAUGGUUUGAUGGCGUCGUGGGGUCUCGUGGUUGGGCCAGAGGACGUCAUCCGAGUUAUUAAGCAGUUUGUUGAGGAGAUGAAUGAGCAGAAGCGAGCUGCUCCGGUGACUCGAAUCCUGCAACGAUCAACGAAUAGUGAGCCUGAAACGUUAAACAAGAACAGCAAGAAAACCAGCUCAGCAGCGCUGAAGGCUAAAGCGCGAAAGGCGGAGAAGGAAUACUGGCAGAACAUUGUCAAGGUCUUCCCGGCACAAAAGAUCCGCAUUAUGGCUACACUUGAGAAGGGUCUGACCCACUACAACACAGCACUUCUGCGACGUAAAGAGCUCAUCAACGAUGUGACUGCCAUGAAGGCGCAGAAUGCAGAGCUCAAGAGCCUCCUCAAACAGUACCUGGCCGCUCCGAUUAACGAGGACCUCAUUGUGCCGCCCACGCAGAUGCAGCUCUACCAAUGAUAGUUCCUGUAGUUGAAGUGGGAGGAUCGUACCUAAACGAAAUGGCUACAUGAUACUCAU